GGCGCGGUUGUGAGUCGGUUCCCGGAGCGGGGAAACCUCGGGCUCGGGGGAGCGCAGCGGCGGGGGUCGGGUUGGAGGUCCGAAGGGAGUGACUAGGGAACCCGGUGGGCUGCUUUCCUUCCGGUGCUUUUGAUUUUUCUUGCCUUUUGGUCUCGGCCAAGUGUCGCCCAUUGAGCAGAAAUCCCCUCGCAAAACCCGGAGCGACCCUCCCGUCAAUUGUUGGGCGCGGAAUCGCCGGGAGCUUCGCGGUGCCCCGAGCGCGGACCAAGCGCGCGGGGCGCGAAGGCAAGGGGAGCGGAGCCGGUCGCGGGCGGGGGCCUGGAGCUUGCCUGCCUCCCUCGCUCGCCCCACCGGGUCCGCUCGCGCAGGGCGCGCGCGAUGAAGGCGGUGAGCCCGGUGCGCCCCUCGGGCCGUAAGGCGCCGUCGGGCUGCGGCGGCGGGGAGCUGGCGCUGCGCUGCCUGGCCGAGCACGGCCACAGCCUGGGCGGGUCGGCGGCCGCGGCGGCCGCGGCGGCGGCAGCGCGCUGCAAGGCGGCCGAGGCGGCGGCCGACGAGCCGGCGCUCUGCCUGCAGUGCGAUAUGAACGACUGCUACAGCCGCCUGCGGAGACUGGUGCCCACCAUCCCGCCCAACAAGAAAGUGAGCAAAGUGGAGAUCCUGCAGCACGUUAUCGACUACAUCCUGGACCUGCAGCUGGCGCUGGAGACGCACCCGGCUCUGCUGAGGCAGCCGCCGCCGCCGGCGCCGCCGCACCACCCGGCCGGGACCUGUCCGGCAGCGCCGCCGCGGACCCCGCUCACGGCGCUCAACACCGACCCGGCCGGCGCGGUGAACAAGCAGGGCGACAGCAUUCUGUGCCGCUGAGCUUAGCUGCCCAGGUGUGCGGCCGCCUGAGCCCGAGCCAGGAGCGCAAGAAAGGGAGGGGGAAGAGCAGAAGUUAGAGAAAAAGCUACCGGAGGAAAGGAAAAAAACAUCAGCAAAUCCUAGAAACGUUUCACUCGUCAUUCCAAGAGAGAGAGGGAAGAAAAAUAAAACUUUCAUCCUUUUUUUUUUUUGCACGUUCAUAAACAUUCUACAUACGUAUUCUGUUUUGUUUCGUUUAUAACCGCUGUAAAUUGUACAUUUCUGUGUUUUUUGGAGGUGCAGUUAAACUUUUUAAGCUUAAGUGUGACAGGACUGAUAAAAGAUAAAGAGCAAAUCCGACUUUUAGAAACCUACUUUGUGACCAAGGAGCUCAAUUUUUGUUUUGAAGCUUUACUAAUAUACCAGAGCACUGUAGAUAUUUUUUUUUACAUCUAUUGUUUAAAAUAGAUGAUUAUAAGGGGGCAGGGAACUUUCUAUUCCCUGCAGGAAUGUUACAUAUUGUAUAGCUAACUGAGUGACAUUUCAUACCAUGUAUAUAUAGAGAUGUUCUAUAAGUGUGAGAAAGUAUAUGCUUUAAUAGACUACUGUAAUUAUAAGAUAUUUUUAAUUAAAUAUUUUUUUGUAAAUAUUAUGUGUGUGUUUUUUUUUAAUCUAUGGGAAUAUUUCUUUUGGAAAAUUAUUUUCCAGCUCAGUUGAAGAGCUCUUGGUAUCUUGAAUGUCUUUUCUGUUUGGCCUGGCUUUUAAUUUGUUUUUGUUUUGCCCAGUGUCCUGUAGACUCGGAAGUAACAGUUAUAGCUAGUGGUCCUGCAUGACUGCAUGAGAUGUUUAAUCACAAAAUAAACUUGUUCUGAGUCCAUUCAAAUGUGUUUUCUUUAACGUAGAUUGAAAUCUUUGUAUUUGAAGCAUACAUGUUGAUAAUAUGCUUUAUCAGUUUUUAAGUACAGGGUUUGAUAGUGUAAUAUAUAAAGAGUAAGUGUUUUUUGUUUUUUAACUGAGGUCAAAAUGGAUUCUGAAUGAUUUUGCUUACAGGAUGGAGAAAUGCUUGGAUCCUUACGAGUUUAGGAAAUCUGUUUUAAUCAAAGUGAAAAAAUGCUUAUCAUUCUUCAUUUUACACUAAAACUUAAGGUCACUAAGUUUCAUGUCUGUACAGACUAUUUAAAUCAUAGAAAUGAAAAAUGUUCUCUGCUUGCUACCAAAGGACAAACUCUUGGAAAUGAACACUUUUCUGCUUUCCUUCCUCCAAAGAAUAUUAAUAGGCAACAGUGGGAGAAAAAAAUUUGAAAGGCAUAAUGGCAAAUCCUUCAAGCAGGGGUAAAAGUCGAUCUUCAAACAUUAAGUAGACCAAAAAUUCUGAUGACCGCAUCUAGAUUAUUUUUUUAUAAAAAUGAUUUUCACUAUAGCUAUGUUAGUUAACCGCUAAACUACUGUCCAAUCUCUUGUGAUGUGCAACUUUUACAUGUGAAUAUUAAAGUAGAUUUAUCUGUCUUGUACUGUGA